AUGGCGACUCUGCCGCCCAACUCUCUGCUUGCCCGAUCCCGGCAAACACGCGCGGGUACAUCAACAAAGCCGCCAAGCGCACCCAUCACCCCUUCGCUAGCUGCGCAUCCUGUAGCAACAUCCAAUGUCAAUCUCUUUCUUACCAAUCUUCGUCUGCUCGACUUCCCUUCAUAUCCAGACUGGCCGGAGUUCGAUGCGCAGACCUUUUCCGUGCAGAAGAAACGCAUCCAUUGCGUUGAAUGGACCCUGUACCAGCUCUUCGUCCUCUGGGACCCGGAGGAGGCCCGAAGUAAACUGCAACCCUAUUUUCCACCACGAGACCAUGUCCAAUCGCUGAACCUGCGAGCUGCCCUCCUCCGAAGCCUCGAGCAAGCCAAAAAGAAUGGGGUCCUUGGCCGAGAUGCAGUGGUUCGCAAGACCAUGUUGGACGAAUGUAAGGGAGAGAGGCUGGAGGAGGUUCUCGCCGUUUUCUCGUCGGCUGUUCUGAAAAAAAUGGUGGCCGAUGUCGCGGAAGCCGAACACGAAUAUCCUGCUGUUGCCCAGCAGCUGGCGUUGGAAAACCGUGGAUACAGCGCCGAGAGAUCGGAGCUGGUGACCCUUGCUUUCGCCCACAGGGUGUCGAUCGCUAAUGCCAUGCGGCGCAAGGAUAAAGCCAGAAAACAGUAUCGCGACCUUGCUGAACUGCUGGACGUGAAGGAGAAGGGAAUCGCCCGGAGAAAAGAGCAGAUCAAGGCUGCCAGAGAGCGCUCGAAGGGCCGGGAUAUCUCCGACGACAUGAAGCUAGAUACUUGGAGGAUGGUCCGCAAUAAUUGGGCCGGCAACGAACAGUGGAUGGAGACACUUCUCUACGGCGACGCAAACGUCCGAAAAGAUGACCUUUUGACGGCCCCUUUCGACAGAGUCUGGAGACGAUUGCAAUCUGGACGCCUUUCUGAGUUGGAAGACCAAGGAAAAGGUUUACUCGAGCAAUUGGAUGACCGGGUGAAGACUCAGAGAGAGAGGCUGGCAAAAUGGCAGGAUUUUCGACAGAACAUGUUCGGUGAUAAGCCCGCCCCCGCCGCUCCUACCACAGCGUCACGACCAGAGAGGCGUAAGCAGGGAAUUGAGCUUGGGUUCGACAAGCAUGAAAGCUUACACUUGGGUCGGAUGAGUCCUAAGAAGCAGCUUGCCAGAAAGACACCCCAUCUUACCCCAGACUACGCGGAUCUCCUGGACGCCUGCGAGUCGGAGCUGGCUCGAGUUGGGGCCGGGCCGGUGGUUAACUUCGCCGAGAUGCUGGGACCACGUACCCGUCAGCCUGAACGGCCAGAACGGCUUUCAGGCGCUAGGGAAAGCCUCGGAGAAGAAACAAUUUCGGAGUUGAGUGAGUUGGAGGAUGAUGGACAUGUUUCUCACCAUGGGCCGCGGCGGCCCUCAAUUCAGGACAUACCACAGCAACCACGACGCCCUGAGCGACUUUCUAUCAAACUCCCUGACGAGAUCAAAAGGUCUGCUAGUGUAUCGCGACCUCUCCUCAGCCCUCCUGUGCUGCCCCCAGAUACGCAAGAUGAACUCUCCAUACCGCCACCGACUCCACCUUUACCGGAGGAAAACGAGGUCACCGAGAAGAUUCCUAGUCCGUCUCUAAGCCCACCUCCGGUCGACAAGGAGCAGCGAAGCGUCUCUUUCGACAGCGAGGAAGAAUUGUCGGAGCCGGAGCCACCAAAGUCGCCUACCCAGGAACUUGCUGAUCAAAUCCUGGAGGACAUUAACAAUGCAUCGCCGUCGCCCAUGAAAAGGGCCAAGCCUAGGCACACUCUUUCUCUUGCGGAACGAACGAGGCUCUCAAUGGCACGGUCCUCGCGCGGUGUUCGGUACGAUCCUGAUGACGAUGAAGACGAGACUUUAACCCUGCGACCGGCUUUUACUCGACCUCAGGAGGAUCUUACGAUCAACAUCACUGAUGAGGACGACCUUGUUUCGCGUACGCGCAGGAGCAUGGUAGGGUUUGAGGCUGCUCGACAGAAGGCACAAUUGGACAGGCAGAGAUCGCUCAAGAAAUCUCGAGCUCGAUCAAGAACCGAGGGCAGCAGUCAAGUUCCUGUUGUGGAGGAGGAAACCAUGCAGCUGGACCCAGAUGCCUCAAUUCUCGCGGAGGAACUGAUGGCAGUGGAGGAUAUGGAGGCGGUUUUCAGGAGCCGGCCAAGAAUCAAAACUAGCCCUGCCCCGUCGCCCUCGAGAAGACCGCUCGAGGCUGAAGAUGUAUAG